UUAACAAGUUGACAAAAUGGCAAGGAAAGAUCCCCUCGCCGCUCCGCCUCGGCGCACAAAAAGAAAGGGUUGGUACUCGGUCGGCCACUAUCGGCACCGAAACCCCUCACUUCCUCCCUCCGUCGCCGUCGAUUCGAUGCCUGCGCGCCCCUCCUCCGCCCACCGAGCCGUGUCGCCCGUGGACAGCUCUCCUUUUCUCCGCGAAGAGAGGAGGGGAGAUCUCCCCCGGCAGCCCCAAGACCCCCUCUUUAGAUCCCGGAAUCGCAUGACCUAGCCCUAGGCGGUUGGGUCGGCGGCUGUAGUCCUCUCGAUGGGGUCCUCUCGGAGGAAGGGAUCUGGAAGAACCGCCGCCGCCGCCGCCGCCCAGCAGCAGUGGAAGGUCGGCGAUCUCGUCCUCGCCAAGAUGAGGGGAUUCCCUGCGUGGCCGGCGAUGGUUAGUGAACCAGAGAAGUGGGGCUUCUCCGCUGUGCGCAAGAAAUUGUUUGUUUACUUCUAUGGAACUAAACAAAUUGCCUUCUGCAAUUAUGCUGAUAUCGAAGCUUUCACUGAGGAGAAAAAGAAGUCCCUUUUGCUUAAGUGCCACGGUAAAGGGGCUGAUUUUGUGCGAGCAGUUGAUGAGAUAAUUUAUAUCUAUGAAACUCUAAAGAAGCAGAAUCUUGAUGAAUUUAGUUCAGGGGAUGAUGAAGUCAAAUCAAAUGCAGAAGAUUUGGAAUUUGUAGGAACUAGAAGCAAUUCAUCUAGCUUUAGGAACAGUUCAGAACUUGGCUUGCAUACAGAUGCCAACCAUAAGUUAGAAUCUGCAUGGGUCACAAUAGAAACCAAUAAUAGGGUGGGUUCACAAGAAGUUUCAGCAACCUCAACUGCUGAUGAGUCUCAAAAGAAUUUAAUAAUUGAUGAGCCAAUUCAAAUGCUGACCAUCCUUAAUCAACCUAGACAGAACUCAUCAGCUACUAAUAUUACUUCAAUGAAGAAAAGAUUAAGUGGUGCUUCCCAGCAUAACUCAAUUUUACAGAAAAAGGUGCCAUCACUUCGGACAUCCAGGAGUUCAUUAAUUUCAAAAACUCAAGUGUCAGCUUCAGUAUGUGAUUAUGAUAUAUCAAGUGAUUUGAUUUCUGAUGUGAUUCAGAGUGAGAACACAGAUUGCAGGAGUAAGCAGAACAUGUCAUAUACACUUAAUUUUCAUCUUAUGGAUAUUCCUUGUACUGCUAGUAUGCCUUUAAAUGGUUGCAGGGAGGAAGUCAGUGCUAAAAUAGCAGAAAAAGAUCAUGAAGCCUGUACUGAUGAAGAUAGGGUGAAACAAAAUCUCAAACUCCCCACAAAUAAGAAGAAAAGGAAAUUAAAUAGAAAACAAGUAAAUGAUGCUUCAGAAUGUGCUGUGUUGAACAAGGACGAUGACUUACAAGUUGUGCUUAGUAGCAGUCGGCCAAGUCCUUCCAGUGAAGAAAAAGAAGAUGUUCACAAGACAGACGGAGAUGAGUAUCUUCCUUUGGUGAAGAGAGCUAGGGUUCGGAUGGGCAAACCAGUGACAGAGGUGGCACAAUGUGGUGGAAUCGUUUGUGGUGAUGAGAAAUUGGAAACAUCAUUGAUGAUGAAUAAUUGUGAUGGACAUCAUACAUCUACUACUGCUGGAAAUAAUAUUUUUCUCAAUGAGAAAUCAUUAACAGCUAAAAAAGACUUGAAUUCAUCAUCACUAAAUAGUUGCUCUCCACCAUUAGGGGAGACCUUUAUGUUCUGGGAGGCCAAGUAUAAAUUGAAGGGUUGUAUACUGGAUGUUGAAUCAGCUUUGCCUCCAUCAAAACGCCUGCAUCGUGCUUUGGAAGCGAUGUCUGCUAAUGCAACUGAAGCUGCAGAUACUUGUGCUGAAUCUCCAAGGGUCAUUGACACUAAUGUCCCCAUGGACUCUUCUAAGAUGAACUUCCUGCAUCUUUCUUCUGAUACAAAGUCUGAAAGCCCUGUAAGAUUGCAGAGUAUACACUCUUCUUGUAACACAAAUGUGAUUAGUCAACUAGGAUCGCCCUUGCAGAAUUUGGACAUCCCUUCAUUAUCUUGUUCAGAAGUGAAAAUUGAUGAUAUUCUUACUGAAAUUGUUAGGAGCCCAAAAAAUAAGGACUGCAAUAAAAUAUUGAAGGAUGUUGAUGAAUGCAAUGGUCUUAGCAUAUCCAAAGCCAUACUUGGUACUGCUCAGAACGGAAGUCAACCUUCUUCUUCCAAGUUCAGUAGUAGUACUGCUGAAGGCAUGGGUAAUAGGGUAUGUUCAUUGUUGGAUAAAUCAAAUAACAGUAUCAUAGAAGACAAGGAUGAAAGUCACCAUGUUUGUGUGGACCAUACUGGUAGAGAUGGAACUGUUGAACCCAUUAAACAACGUAAGCAGAAUGCUUUCUCCAAAGCUGAAGGUGGUGUUCACUCUGAAUCUCCUGAUGAAGGUGUUCUGUCUGUAUCAGCUGCAUAUAUGUUUUCAGUAGCAAGCAGUACAUCUGGGGCCACUAUGUCUUCUUUUCAGUCUGAUGAAGACAGUCAAACUUGUGACAAGCAAGGUGCUGCAAAAGAAGCUCAACACAGACAAACUUCAGAUGCGAGGUGCAUCUCUUCUGAUUUGACACCCAUGAAAGGAUUGAUUGCUGCAGCUCAUGCCAAGCAACUUUUGUCUCAUUCCAUUUCUUUUUCUCAUAAUUAUUUAGAUGGUAAGUUUGUUCCUGAUGCAUUGAUAAGCCCAUCUAUCGUUCAUAAAGGAGAUUCUUCUGGGCAAGGCUCUGCUCUAAAUAGUUUGGUCAACCACACAUGUACUAUCAAUUAUAAAAAUGGUGCUCUUCAGAAAGAUCACAGAAGUCCUCACAUUGGUUUGCAACUUAAAGGCAUAAACAGAUCUAACCAUGCAGAAGCAAGUGCAGCAUGGAAAACUUUCCAAGCGUUGCUUUGUACACUGUCAAGAACAAAAGAGAAUAUAGGCAGAGCAACACGGCUUGCAAUUGAUUGUGGCAAGUAUGGAAUGGCUGGAGAGGUAAUUGAAAUUCUUCUCCAAAAUCUGGAAAGAGAACAGAACUUGCACAGAAGGGUGGAUCUUUUUUUCCUUGUAGAUUCAAUUACUCAAUGUUCUCGGAAUCAUAAAGUUGGAGCAGGAGAUGCCUACCCAUCUCUUGUCCAAUCAGUGCUUCCACGUCUAUUGUCUGCUGCUGCACCUCAUGGAAAUGCUGCUUCAGAGAACCGUAGGCAAUGUCUUAAGGUUUUGAGAUUGUGGCUUAAAAGGAAAACUCUGCCAGAAUCAAUUGUUCGCCAUCACAUGCAAGAACUUGACUCCACUUGUGAACUAUCAUACAGUAGUGGUUCUUCUCGAUGUCCAUCAAGAACAGAGAGGGCUAUUAAUGAUCCUCUUAGGGAGAUGGAGGGAAUUCUUGUUGAUGAGUAUGGAAGCAACACCAAUUUUCAACUUCCGCGCCUGCUACAUACUAAUGUGCUUGAAGAUGAAGGAAAUGCUUUUGAUGAUAAAAGUUUUGAGGCUGUUACUCCAGAAAGAUGUACCAAAAUUUAUCAUGAGAUUGGGGCAACUCAAACUUCUACUGAGAAGAAUCGGCAUGUCUUGGAAGAUGUCGAUGUUGAGUUUGAGAUGGAGGAUGUUUCUCCUCCAUCUGAAGUGAAUAUGAACUCCACAUGUCACGUGGCAGGAACCGAGACCAUCAAUUCCCAUCAUCAAAUUGAUCAACACUCAGUACCCUUUGCUCCUCCACUUCCAGAAGACAGGCCACCAUCUCCACCCCCUUUGCCAUCAUCUCCUCCUUUUAUUUCCCCCUGUUCAAUUGCACAUGCUGUUGUUCCACAGUGGCGAUCAGGACUGGAUGCCCUUGCUGAUACUGCUGAUUUGCAUGUGCCGGAAACUGUCCCUAACAUGCAAAAUCUACAAUCUAAUUCAUUUAGGCAGCGGCCUGCUAAUCAAAAUGCCUGUUUGAUGUCUUGUAAGCCUGCUCCAUACUAUGGUCUCAGUUACGGAUGUCUGCCUGGCCAGAUGCCACCACCUCCUGUUUCUUAUGCCAACAUCUCUGCUUCUCAUUCGUCUAUUCAUUCUCGGAAUGAUUUCCAGUCUUUAGCCAGCACUUCUUUGACGGAUACGGGUUAUCACUUGCAGCCACCUCCACCAAUAGUUUCGAACCAAUUUUCUUAUGUUCAGGCUGAACCUCAACAAAGAGCACAGCCUUGGGGUAAUUGUUCCAUCCCUGAGAGAUUUCAGUAUCUACAUGACAGCCAUAGAGUCAAUUUGCAUGGUGAACAAGGUACAAGGGGGCCAGUCCAUAAUGAGAUAGUUGCAGAAAACAUGCAGCCUGGUCCAUCUGUUAACAAGAUUGAUGCAUCACCUGCUUCACUGCCACCUUAUGGCUGCCAACCUGAACCGUCAUUCAUGCGAUGCAAUGGCUGGUCACUUCCUCCAAGGAUGUCGAAUUACUCUAUACUUGCUUCAAGACCAUCAGUAGAGGGUACAACUCCAACGAUGACCGGAGCAUGCGACUACUGGAGACCAAGAUAAGCAUGUUGCCCGCACUAAGUGGUGUCUUGAAGUCUCAGAUGUGAACUCAAUACCCUGCUAGUGAAGCAAAUUCUUUUUCCUUGGAAAAAUAUGGGAACCGAGAUUCUGCAACUUCUGGAAGUUGAGCUUAGUGAUCAGUCUCCUUGUACAUACUUAUUUUAGCGUGUUAUUCUUCAAACUAACGCAGAGGUUGGAGGACACCGGCAUUGCCGGCCGAGCUGUAUCAUCUCUCGGUAGGUUGCCAGUUAUUCUUCUAUUUAUUGGUAUAUUUAGUUGGAUAGUCAUAUACAUAUUCGUAGAAGGCAACUGUGAUUUUGGCCUAUCAAUAUGUAUCAUUGAAAGUUCUGCACCAACACUUACUUUGAAACUGUCAAUAUUGUGGUGGUCAAAUCAAUACCAAAUUCAACAUUAUAAUUAGUGCCA